AUGUGGUGCAGAUAAAGCUCACUAUUGUGAUUUCUAAUGUCGGCCUUUAGGCCCAAGCCCAAAAUUUAGGGCUCAGCCCAUAAUCUGAUAAGUGACUCCACUCAACUCGACGAUGACUGAAUCAAGCCAGAGAACUCCUAUUUCUUCACAGUUGCCACGCAAGUAGCGAACUAGCGAAGCAACUAACGCAGACAAGCAUGAAACUAAAAUGUUCAUCGUCAAUCGUCCUCAUCCAACAACGCAACUCAUAAGAAUUCCUCUCUCACACCUCUCCACAUACUUCACUCCAUCUCACACAGAGAAACCACAACAAGAAGAACAACCGACCCAAUACUCUAUAGAACUUGAAAACAGCAUCACCAACCGCCCUUACUGGACCAGGAAGAUCCACGAACUAUGCACCAGACACCGCAACGUCGACGAGGCUCUUCGCCUUCUAGAUCUACUCCGCCUCCGUGGCUACCUCCCAGAUUCCCUCAACCUGAGCUCCGUUAUUCACGCUCUCUGCGACGCCCGUCGCUUCGACGAGGCUCACCAUCGAUUUCUCCUCUCGAUUGUCUCACUUUGCGUUCCCGACCAGCGCACUUGUAAUGUUCUCAUUGCCCGAUUGCUUGACUCUAAAACCCCGUACGCGACGUUGCAAUGUAUACGUUCUUUAUUUCGUGUUAAGCCGGAGUUUGUGCCUUCUGUGGUUAAUUAUAACCGUCUGAUUAAUCAGUUUUGUGCCAUUUCGAGGCCAGAUGAGGCUCAUAGGUUGGUUUUUGAUAUGAACAAGAGAGGGCAUUUUCCAAAUACUGUUACUUUCACGACGUUGAUUGGUGGGUUUUGUAGAGUAGGUGAGGUUGGGGCCGCGUAUAAGGUGUUUGCUGAAAUGCGUGAGCGUGAGGUGGUGCCUAAUUCGCUAACGUACAGCGCGUUGGUCUGCGGUGUUUUCAGUAAGCGAGAUGUUCAACGUGGAAUGGAGUUAAUGUGCAAACUGUGGGAGACAAUGAAGGCUGGGGAGGAGUCUGUGAACAAUGCAGCUUUUUCUAAUCUCAUUGACUGUUUAUGUAGGGAAGGAUUUUUCAGUGAUGUAUUUAGGAUUGCAGAGGAUAUGCCUCAAGGGAAGAGUGUGAAUGGGGAAUUUGCUUAUGGACAAAUGAUUGAUUCACUUUGUAGAGUCGGAAGGAGCCAUGGGGCAUCAAGGAUUGUUUAUCUAAUGAGGAAGAAAGGGCUUAAGCCAGGUUUAGCGUCUUACAACAAUAUUGUGCAUGGGCUAUCCAAAGAAGGAGGCUGUAUGAGGGCUUAUCAGUUGCUAGAGGAAGGAAUUGAUUUUGGAUACAGUCCAUCCGAGUACACUUAUAAGGUUCUCGUGGAAAGCCUUUGCCAAGAGUUGGACCUAGAUAAGGCCAGAAAGGUUCUUCAUGUUAUGUUGACUAAGGAAGGUGUAGACAGAACUAGGAUCUAUAACAUUUAUUUAAGGGCUCUUUGCCUGAUAAACAACCCAACAGAGCUUUUGAAUGUACUUGUCUUCAUGCUCGAGACUAAUGUUCAGCCAGAUGUGAUCACUCUCAACACAGUUAUCAAUGGGUUUUGCAAGAUGGGAAGAACUGAAGAAGCGCUCAGGGUGCUAAAUGAUAUGAUGAUGGGCAAAUUCUGUGCCCCUGAUGCUGUGACCUUCACAUCUAUCAUCUCUUGUCUAUUGAAUGUUGGAAGAAGUCAAGAAGCUCUAAAUCUUCUAUUCCAAGUAAUGCCUGAAAAAGGGUUCAGCCCUAGUGUUGUGACAUAUAAUGCAGUUCUUCGUGGAUUGUUUAAACUCAAGGAAGCAGAGGAAGCAAUGAAGGUUUUUGAUAUCAUGCCCAUCUCUGGUGUGGCUGCGGACAGUACAACCUAUGCCAUAAUAAUCGAAGGGUUAUGUGAGUCUGAUAUAAUAGAUGAGGCAAAGAAGUUUUGGGAUAAUGUUAUCUGGCCCUCAGGGAUCCAUGAUGAUUAUGUUUAUGCAGCAAUUCUCAAAGGUCUCUGCUGCUCGGACAAUUUUGAAGAAGCUCGCCAUUUCUUAUAUGAAUUAGUAGAUUCUGGGGUGAUUCCCAAUAUUGUAAAUUACAACAUUUUGAUAGACAAUGCAUGCAAACGAGGUUUGAAGAAAGAAGCAUAUCAAAUUGUUGGUGAAAUGAGAAAGAACGGGCUGGCCCCUGAUGCUGUAACUUGGAGGAUUCUUGACAAAUUGCAUGGCAGUGUGAGGAAACAAUUCUGUCUGGACGACUCAACGUUGAGAUCUGAAGAAGUCCCCUAGUAAAUGGCGUUUAAAAUAUUUUUUUCUUUACAUGCUGCUAUUUUAUCUGGAGGAGCAACCACAAGAAAAAAGCCGAGGAGAUCCUGUUUGGACUUGGUGUAUGUAUAAUUAUGUUUGAAGUUAUUAACAAAGCAAACGUCUGAUGAAGCUGGUUUUGAGGGGAAGGUUGGAGCUUGGGCCGCUUGGCUAUGCUAGAUCGAGGCAGGAUGCAAAGUCUGGCAAGCUAUAUCAAAAAGAAAUUCUCGGUUCUAGCACUAUGGAAUCAAAAUUUUAUAUCCGGAUUUUCACUAGCUCAUUACAAAUGCCCUGUGCCCGUUUUGUUUGUGUUCUCCUGAGCUUUGUACAUGAAGGUUUAAACUGAUAACUGUAAACUGGAAUCAGAGGCUUUGCUUGCACUAAUACUUCAUCGCAGGGGAUUCACCAGUUGUUGAAUUCCCAGACUUUCUUGUUUCUUCACAACAACAUGGGUUGUAGAUUGUAAUGGAUUAUUGGGUCUUCCCCACCCCAGCCCGAUUUGGAAUAAACUUAAUUUUAUCAGAUUGUGCUUCAGCUGAUAAAUAAUUUUUCUUUUCCUGGAAUAAAGAAUUGAAGUUUGUCUGCA